CAUAGUUACUGUGUUACACGUCAAAAAGGCACGAUAAAUAUGGCUUUACUAAAUAUAUCUCAAAUAAAUUCUUUAGCCGACGAUCAAUUUGUGUCUAUAUUUGGUAAUGUGAUAGAACUGUGUCCGGAUGCAGCUGUGCAAGUGAAAAAGAAAGGCCCGUUUCGGACUGUGUCCGAACUUUGUGAGGCGUUUCAUAAAUAUUUGGACGACCUCACCGAAGAAGGAAAACUUAGCAUCUUGAAGUUGCAUCCUGACUUGGCUGGGAAUUUAACAAGGUUGAGCGAGCUGACGCGAGAAUCUGCCGGAGAGCAGCGAAGUGCGGGACUGACCGAACUCUCUGAUUGGCACGUCAAUGUCAUCCAAUCUAGCAAUCAAAGAUACAAAACGAAGUUUGGAUUUCCUUUCAUAAUUUGCGCUAGAGAAAAUAAAUUUCAAUCAAUUAUUGAAGGUCUGCAGCAUCGGUAUGAUAAUACACGCGAACAAGAGAUUGCCACCGGCAUCAAUGAGGUGAAGAAAAUAUGCAAGCUAAGAAUACUGGAUAUUGCUCAAUUGGACUGAGUUGACCUGAUAAACCACUUACAUUUCGGCCUCUGCUAAGCUGUGAAAUUUCUUGAACGCCUGAUGCCCGAACAUGAAUGUUAAAAGUAACAUAAGACAUUUAUUCCUAGCUUAGCUUGUACAGCUGAAAAUUCAUCAAAAAAAUGCUAAUAAAUAUUAAAAGUCACCUAAUUGUCUACAAUUACCAUGUACAUUCUAUAAGGAUGCUAUGAUGAGAAAAUAUUUAAUGUGUUUAAAGUAUUCUUAAAGUUCUUAAAUCAAUUUCUUUUACUCAUUUUCCUUAACUGUAACACACAGCUCAAUUUAUAUUGCUCUUGCCGGAACAGAAUGGAAGCGACUUUUUGUAACCCUAGGAAUAAUGAAAUUUAUGCCAAUUGUGUAACAUACACAAGCCAAAAAACAGGCAUGCGUUUCUCCAGAGAAUUAUCUCAGAGUCUCGGGAAAUCCGGCAGCUGCGAAUCAUAUCUAGUUUGUACUUUACACAAUUGACGAAGUUUAUUAUACUAUGCACAGAUGGCUGCACAUUGACAGAUCUUGGUCCAUUGCAAUGGAGGCGAUAAUCGAA